CGUGUUGCAUGUUGUCUCUUCCGUUCGAGUUCUUAACGUAUCAAUUAGAAAUAGUUGCAAUUCUCGGAUGAUCCCCAAAUCUGUGUCGUUGAAGUCUGGUCCUUGUGAUUGCGUCGUCUCUUCAGACCUGCCUCCCGCUCGCUUUUUGGUACGUCUCACAUUUGUUGUCGAGAACCUGACAAGGGUCAGGUCACAGCACCUGAGGUAAGUAGACCUUUGGCGAGUGGCUUCGUGGUGCUCUGGCGAGGGGUUUGGCUCUGUUUAGCGUUUGCUGUCGCUGCCGGACGCUUCUGGCGACCUUGUUUGUAUCUGCCCUCUUGCCCUUGCGAUUUUCUGAGCGGCCUUCCCCAGACAGUCUGUGUCUUGCAGCUGUUUGAGCCGUGCCUCACCCUGGUCGGCCCUGGAGCCCUUGGGUGUGGCGGUCAAGUACCAGAGGGGGUGAGAGUUCCGUCACCCGCAGAUGCCACCGCCACGGGUGCUCGCCAGUGGGGUGGCGGUUCCCCCUUCCCGGUCCGUUUCCCAGAAGCCGUGACCUUUGGGGAUUGUCUUCGCCCCUUGGCUUUGACCGGAAGGCUUAGCAGGGGCCCGGGUGGGGGGCGUGCCCUUCCCCAGAGAGGAGAAAGCUCUGGCACGUCCUCCCCCUGGAGCGGAUGCCCUUGCGGUGGGGAAAGUUCUGGGUGUUCCGGCGAGGGCUCCGCCCGUCUCCCGCCAGAGGCCGAGGGGGUCUUUCGGCACCUCCGCCUUCGCGGCGAAGACCCGCCGGCCGCCCGGCGGCAGAGCCCGCGGAAGGGUGGGGGCGGCCGCCGCGCGCUUCCCCGGAGUCGCUCCGUCUCCCGUCUGCGCGCGGCGUGCGGCCCGGCGCCUGCUCCGGGAGAGAAGGUGCCGGCGGGGCGGCCUCGGGCGCCCCGGCCUCGUUUCCCCCGCGGUGCCGAGUCCCGGUUUUCAGCGUGCGCGGCUCUUUAUUGUGGGAAGGAGGGGGACGGCGGCCCGUAGGCUCUUCUCCCGUUGGAGCCGGAAGCAGAAGGCCUUCCCCUCCCGCUUCACGCGGAGUUCGUGACGUGGGCCCGUCCUCGUGAACGCGGCGCGGAGGCCCGGGACGGUGGCGCCGUGGCCAGACUCGACUGCGGGGCUCGAGCUGGUGUUUCGUGUUUAUCGCUUGACCGAUGAUGAUUUCGGGCUGUGCUGCCCGAGCCCUUUUGCUUUCCCCAGAAAAGAAUGUUCUUCUCUCGCGACUAUAAAAACGCCUAGCGGCUUCUCAGAACUUCUUGAGAUUGAAGAUGACUCUUCAGCAAUGUUAGGUCUAUAAUGGGAAGUGUCACGGCUCGAUAUUUCUGUUACGGAUGCCUUUUCACAUCUGCGACCUGGACGGUUUUGCUUUUUAUUUAUUUCAACUUCAGUGAAGUGACUCAGCCACUUAAGAAUGUGCCCAUCAAGGGGUCCGGGCCCCAUGGCCCCUUUCCCAAAAAAUUCUAUCCCCGUUUCACUCGAGGCCCAAGUCGAGUGUUAGAGUCACAGUUCAAAGUAAACAGAAUUGAUGACAUGAUAGAUAAUCACAUUGAAGAUCCAGAAAAAGGCAACACGAAAUUCUCUUCUGAACUGGGCAUGAUUUUUGAUGAACGUGAUCAGGAGUUGAGAGACUUGGGCUAUCAGAAACACGCCUUCAACAUGCUCAUCAGUAACCGCUUGGGCUACCGCAGAGAUGUGCCCGACACCAGGAACGCCGCAUGUAAAGACAAGUCUUACCCCGCGGACCUGCCAGUCGCCAGUGUCGUUAUCUGUUUCUACAAUGAAGCCUUGUCUGCCUUGCUUCGUACGGUGCACAGCGUUCUAGACCGCACGCCAGCCCAGCUCCUUCAUGAAAUCAUCCUUGUGGACGAUGACAGUGACUUUGAUGAUUUGAAAGGAGAACUAGAAGAAUAUGUCCAAAAAUACCUCCCUGGAAAAAUUAAAGUAAUAAGAAACACAAAGCGUGAGGGACUGAUUCGAGGAAGGAUGAUCGGAGCGGCCCACGCUACAGGAGAGGUGCUGGUGUUCCUGGACAGCCACUGCGAGGUGAACGUGCUGUGGCUGCAGCCCCUGCUGGCCGCCAUCCGGGAGGACCCGCGGACCGUCGUGUGCCCCGUCAUUGACAUCAUCAGUGCGGACACGCUCGCCUACAGCUCGUCCCCCGUCGUGCGCGGAGGGUUCAACUGGGGGCUGCACUUCAAGUGGGACCUCGUGCCCCUUUCUGAGCUCGGGGGACCGGAAGGAGCCACCGCACCCAUCAGGUCACCGACAAUGGCUGGAGGAUUGUUUGCCAUGAACAGACACUAUUUCAAUGAACUUGGACAGUAUGACAGUGGCAUGGAUAUCUGGGGAGGAGAAAAUUUAGAAAUAUCAUUUCGGAUCUGGAUGUGUGGAGGUAAACUCUUCAUCAUCCCGUGCUCUAGAGUCGGACACAUUUUCCGAAAAAGGCGACCGUAUGGCUCUCCUGAAGGCCAGGACACCAUGACCCACAACUCCUUGCGGCUGGCACACGUCUGGUUGGAUGAAUACAAGGAGCAGUAUUUUUCCUUAAGACCUGACCUGAGGACCAAAAGUUAUGGAAACAUCAGUGAACGUGUUGAACUGAGGAGGAAGUUGGGCUGUAAAUCAUUUAAAUGGUAUUUGGAUAAUAUUUACCCAGAGAUGCAGAUAUCUGGGCCCAAUGCCAAACCCCAACAACCCAUUUUUAUCAACAGAGGGCCAAAACGUCCCAAAGUCCUUCAGCGUGGAAGGCUCUAUCACCUCCAGACCAACAAGUGUCUGGUGGCCCAGGGCCGCCCGAGUCAGAAAGGAGGCCUGGUGGUGCUUAAAGCGUGUGACUACAGUGACCCCGGUCAGGUCUGGAUUUAUAACGAAGAGCACGAGCUGGUUUUAAAUAAUCUCCUUUGCCUGGAUGUGUCAGAAACCCGCUCGUCAGACCCACCCCGACUCAUGAAGUGCCACGGGUCAGGAGGGUCCCAGCAGUGGACCUUUGGGAGGAGUAACCGGCUGUACCAGGUGUCGGUUGGACAGUGUCUGAGAGCAGUCGACCCACUGAGUCACAAAGGCUACGUUGCCAUGGCGAUCUGUGACGGCUCCUCUUCACAGUGGUGGCGUUUGGAAGGUUAAAGUGGCUGCUGUGCCGGAAUAUGGUAAUCCAUCAGCGUCGGCCUCCUCUGUAAGGCGUGAGGCUUGAGAAGGUGCUGGUACAAGAAAAUCCCUGAACUGAUUUCCCAGUUAAGCAGAACCAUUUUUGAGAAGGUGAGACAGCAGAUACACUAGAGACUGGAGCCCAGAGUGGUCAUCGAGGGAGUGAGGAAGUAUGUUUUACCAAGACAUUAACAUCAUUUCUGAGCUGCUAAGGAAUUUCUUGCUUAUGGUGAGAAACUAGAAUACAAUUUUAACUCUAUAAAGGGUCAGGUAUGUACAGAAAGACAAACCCAGGAAAUUGAACAGAAAUGUCAAACUUUUAUUUAUGCUUCUUUUUAAUCCCUUGAAUAAUGGAAUGGCGUUUGUCUGAUCAGGAACUUGUCAUGAUUUCCUUUUUUAGAAGGACUUCAUAGGAAACAGAUUUUUUUUUUACUUCUAUUAUCAUGUCUUAAAAUAAUUUUAAAGACUGAAUCCACAUUGCUUUUAACUUCAGAAGGCCUCAAGAUUAUAUAUUUAAGAGGCAGUUAACUGUUAUAAAUUAUUUUGAUGAACUAUGGUACUAUCUACAUUUAAAAUAAAGGGUUCUUUUGAUGAUUUACCUGGGACUUGUCUGCUCUUCUUGGGUUGGGGUCUCUGGUGCGUGUUGUGCUGUGUAUGUGUCACACGGUGAGCAGGAUAGCUGGUUCAGCUGAUGAACUAAUAAGCAAGGUCGCAGCCCUGACCCCAGGAGUGGCCCCAUCCCUUAGCUUGAACUCUGUGAAUUUGACGUUGAAUGUCUGUGAAUUUGGAUAGUUUCUGUUAAAACUGCCUAUGAAUCAUCCAGGAAGAGUUGUUAAAUAGGCAGCUGGAUACAGAGGUCAGGAUAGUAGAAAUACAAAUUUAGAUUACUGAUUCAAUUUCUUUGCUGGUAACUGGUCUGCUCAAAAUUUCUAUUCCUGCCUUUAUCCAUUUCUUCUGAGUUGUCUAAUUUAUUGGCCUGUAGGUUCUCAUAAUGUUACGGUUGUUUGUAUUUCUGUGGCGUUGGUGGUUGUUUCUCCUCUUUCAUGGUGAAUUUCUUUAUUUGGGUCCUCUUUUUAUGAAUCUGGCUAGAGGUUUUUCAAUUUUAUUGAUCUUGAAGAACCAGCUCAUGGUUUCACUGAGCUGUUUGUUUUAUUUCUGCUCUAAUCUUUCUUAUUCCCUUCCUUUUGCUGGGUUUGGGUUUUUUUUAUUCUUUUUCUGGCUUCUUUAGGUGUAUGUUGAAGUUGUUUGAGAUUUUUCUUGCUUCUUGAGAUAGGCCUGUAUUGGUAUAACUUCCCUCUAAGCUAUUGCUGCAUCUCAAAGAUUUUGGACUGUUGUGUUUUCACGUUCAUUUGUUUGCAUGUAAUUUUUGAUUUUUUUUUUUGAUUUCUUGGU